GCAUCAGUGUGUGUAUGUGGGUUACGUUGGGAGUUGUCCUACGCCAGGAUUAUGUUCACUCGUUAGUCAUUAUCAAGCCACGGAACUGUGCUGCACGAUGGGCAAUAAGGUGGUAACGUUCACUGACCAGCAGCUGGAGGAUUACCAGGACUGUACGUUCUUUACGCGCAAGGAGAUCCUCCGUGUGCAUCAGCGGUUCCACGAGGCCAGCCCCGAUCUGGUGCCGGUCAUCAUGACGGAGGGCCAAGCAUCCACGAUACAGGUGCCACGGGAACGCAUCGAACGGCUGCCGGAGUUGGUGGAAAACCCGUUCAAGGGUCGCAUGUGUGAGGCGUUUUCACGAGACGGUGACGGUAACCUGACGUUCGAGGACUUUCUCGAUUUGCUGUCCGUGUUCAGCGAGCAUGCCCCACGAGACAUUAAGGUGUACUACGCGUUCAAGAUCUACGAUUACGAUCGGGACGGAUUCAUUGGCCAGUCGGACCUGCUGAACGUGAUCACCGCCCUCACGCGUAAUGAGCUCACGGUGGAAGAACACCAGCAGAUCGCGGAAAAGGUGAUCGAGGAAGCGGAUGUCGAUGGUGACGGCAAGUUGUCCUAUCUUGAGUUCGAGCACGUGAUAACGCGCGCUCCUGAUUUCAUAUCAACGUUCCACAUACGCAUCUAG